AUAUCAGGCAGGCAUUCCAGGACCACAUGGCGCUGAGUAGUACAACAAGCAGCUCUAAGCCAGCAAUGAUAAGGCGUCCACCAACAAUUGUUUGCUACAUUUGUGGUCGCGAAUAUGGAACAAAAUCUAUAAGCAUCCAUGAACCACAGUGCCUGAAAAAAUGGCACAAUGAAAACAACUUGCUGCCCAAGGAGCUCAGGAGACCAGAACCUAAAAAGCCAGAAGUCAGGACCAUUACUGGCAAAGGUUUCUAUGAUCUCGAUGCUUUAAACGAAGCUGCUUGGACAAGUGCCCAGAGCCAGUUGGUUCCUUGUGGUAUUUGCGGGCGUACCUUCCUGCCAGACAGACUGAUUGUUCACCAACGUUCUUGUAAGCCCAAAGCCGCCAAGUAA